GCUAACCGAAUUGUUUUGGAAGACUCUAAUAUCUUGCAGCCUGUGGGACUAACUGUAUUUGAAAACUGGCUGUAUUGGAUUGACAGGCAACAGCAGAUGAUUGAAAAAAUUGAUAUGACUGGUCGAGAAGGACGUACAAAGGUCCAAGCUCGUAUUGCACAACUUAGUGACAUCCAUGCUGUGAAAGAGCUCAACAUUCAGGAAUAUAGACAACAUCCAUGUUCUCAAGAUAAUGGUGGCUGCUCGCACAUCUGCAUCGUGAAGGGUGAUGGCACCACGCGCUGCUCUUGCCCGGUCCACCUUGUUCUGCUGCAGGAUGAGCUGUCCUGUGGAGAACCACCAACAUGCUCCCCUCAGCAGUUCACCUGUUUCACAGGUGAGAUUGACUGCAUCCCGGUGGCCUGGCGCUGCGAUGGUUUCACUGAAUGUGAAGACCACAGUGAUGAAAAGAACUGCCCGGUGUGCUCAGACACCCAGUUCCAGUGCGAAAGUGGACAGUGCAUAGAAAGUGCCCUGCGGUGCAACGGAGAAGCAAAUUGCCAGGACAACUCGGAUGAGAAGAACUGUGAAGUGCUCUGUUUAACCGAUCAGUUCCGCUGUGCCAGUGGGCAGUGCAUUGGGAAAAACAAGAAAUGUGAUCACAACCUGGACUGCAGUGACAGCUCAGAUGAGCAAGGAUGCUACACAACAGAGGAGCCUGCGCCACAGCCCAACAACACAAUAGGCUCCAUCAUUGGUGUGAUCCUUACAGUUUUUGUGGUUGGAGCAAUGUAUUUCAUCUGCCAGAGGGUGCUGUGCCCACGCAUGAAGGGAGAUGGGGAAACAAUGACCAAUGAUUACGUAGUGCAUGGACCAGCCUCUGUACCUCUUGGUUAUGUGCCUCACCCAAGCUCUUUAUCAGGGUCUCUUCCUGGGAUGUCUCGAGGUAAAUCUGUGAUCAGCUCCCUCAGCAUCAUGGGAGGGAGCAGUGGGCCACCGUAUGACAGAGCCCAUGUCACUGGAGCCUCUUCCAGCAGUUCUUCAAGUACCAAAGGCACUUACUUUCCUCCAAUUUUGAACCCACCUCCAUCACCAGCUACUGAACGUUCACAUUAUACCAUGGAAUUUGGUUAUUCUUCAAACAGCCCAUCCACUCAUAGAUCCUACAGGCCUUACAGCUACCGGCAUUUUGCACCUCCCACGACGCCCUGCAGCACGGAUGUCUGUGACAGUGACUAUGCCCCCAGCCGAAGGGUCACGGCAGCGACGGCCAAGGGCUAUACCAGUGACUUGAACUAUGACUCAGAGCCCGUCCCCCCUCCGCCCACACCGCGCAGCCAGUACCUGUCAGCAGAGGAGAACUACGAAAGCUGCCCGCCUUCCCCGUACACGGAGCGGAGUUACUCUCACCAUCUCUACCCACCGCCGCCGUCCCCCUGCACGGACUCCUCAUGAGAGGUAGCCCCCCCGCCCCGUUAUCUGCCUCCGCCGUGAAAGUGUAAAUACAAAGUGUUCUACUGGGGAGGGGGGAGGGAGCAAGCUCUCGGCGAGGGAGGAGGUAGGACAGUGUACAGUUAAGUGUUAUUAAAUGGGGUGGAGGAAUACUGAAGAUAUUUGUACAGAAGAAAAAAAAGGAUAUUUAUAUAUUUUCUUAAACAGCAACUGCUGCUUGUGCCAUAAGAAGAAAAAUUUUUGUAUAAAAGAACCCAGACAUUUGUACAAAAAGUUUUUAUUUUUGCAAAUGGAACACAAAAACAUGCCUUAAUCCAGUGAAGUGACUGAGCACAUAAGGAAAUGGAAGGACCGGGAUGUGUUACUUGUCCAGCGAGGUGAGAUGUGGGGUUUGUCAAUACCAAAAAUGUUUAAAGUAACUAAUAAUAAAGAAGUCCGUCUCAGAGCAGUAUACCAUAGAUACUUGGAAGUAGCCAAAUAACCUCUAUGUUAACUACAGAGGGCCAGCAACUAAAGUUAAACUUGAAAACGCAGUCAGGACAGAUACUAACCUUACACAAAGGGCUUUGUUUUCUACAGGAAUACAGCAAUCGUAGCAGUGAAUCCAGAAAAAUGAUCACACUUUUUUUAUUUCCUUUAGAUGAAUACACCUCCGUUUUGCCAUAAUGCAUUUACCAAACUAGAGCUUUUAGAGCUCUCUCCUUGCUUGUGGAUUUUCAAUGAUUUUUGUUAGGUAUAUUUUAAAGUUUGGUUUUUUUUUCUGUUUAGCUUUUCCCAUCUUUUCUGCAUCCUUUCUUCACGCCUGUGUCACUUUAAAUAGUGAUAUCCUUAUUUAAAGUACUGCUCGAACUGGGCUGCUGUAAAUUUUUUUUUCC